AUGUCUACGGACAAGAAGCUGCCUCCGUCUGCUGGACAAAAUUCACUAAUUCCAGAAAAGUACCUCGAUGUACCGUCACAAAGGCUCUACUACCUCAGCCUGGGUUUGCUAUGUCAAGCCAUCAAAAUAAUGGAGUUUGGCUGGACGACUGUUGCUGGGACUGACGAUUCGCUUGGUCCGUGUAUGAAAUGGCUCCUUGUGGACGCCCUGUAUUGCAUAACACUCGCGCUGCUCCGAAUACCGAGACUGAACUACGGAAAAGCAGUCAUAUUUCUGCAAGUAUCCACACUAUGGUUCUUCGAUGGACUGAUGUUUGGGGGACUUUCUUUGAACUUUGGGGGAGGGGACAUGCAUUCACGCUCCUAUGGGCGCUCAAACCAGCAAGAAGUUAUCGGUACACCGGAGCCAUUUAGCUUGCUGGACUUAGUUGCCCCGCUUACCUUCGGCCUUAUAUCAUCCACUUCAGACAAGGAUGCCCAUCUACUCGGUCAACACACUGUGCGCAUGUCGCCGAUCAGCACAGCGCAGCUCUACCCCAAUAGUCAGACAUUUUGUCUAUCUUCCCAGUCGAACUUUGUCCUCGUUCCGGUCCUACUCAACAACACCCAUCCACAUCACCUCAGAUAUUCAAUUUCACCUCUUGGUCAUAACGAACAAGGGGCGAACGGGAAAAUCGAGUAUUUUGACCUCAGUGCGAAGGAAUUGAAAGCCAUUGAGCAAAGCCGAAUCGACGCGCUUCAGCUGGCGCGCCCAAAUCCUACGGCGAAUCACGACUCCGACGAUUACGACGAAUAUGAUGAUGACGACGACGAAAACGACACAAACGGGAAUGCCCACUCCAACCUACAGAAAUCCCAAUCCAUCACACACAUCAAAGUGACUAAGUCUGGUACAAUCCGCUUAGAACGCGUAGUUGACUCCUCGAGCAUCGACGCCCGGUUGAUGUAUCCAAGCGAGCUGAAGAUAGCUCCUUGCCCGACCGCUGAGUUCGUAGGAGCUGGCGGUGUAGAUGCAGAUAUCAAGUGCAUUGGUCAAGAUCCCGAAUUGCCUUUGGUCAUUAACAUAGCCGGCGUAGCACCCUUGAGCCUCAAAUGGUCGAAGGCCAUCAACGGUCAACGGGAGCCUUUCCUGGUCGAGGGGAUCGAGGGUGAACACCGAUGGAUCGAAGGAGGCGCCUCGAAUAGCGGUGCAGUGCAGGAUGUUCAAGUACCCCUGGUCGUAACGUUAGAUAGGCUGGGAAAUCACGAAUAUACCUUGGAGGAAGUCGUGGACUCCAUAGGCAAUGUGGUCCCCUUGAACACAAACUUAGUAAACCCGGGCAAGGUUUACAGAUCUUACAACGUACUUCGCCAUCCGUCGGUCUCUUUCAAGUCCUGCGCAGAAGGGCGACAGGUACCUUUGCUUAUAGGCUCGGAGGCGACUCUCGCGAUCGCAACUAACGACGCUGACCCGGUCGACGGUCCAUGGGACGUUGUACUGAAGUACCAACCUUCUACCGACGCUGACGACGUGGACGUGAAGAGCUCCAAGAAGCAUAAGCCAUGGACGAGGACUCUCCAAAAGCUCGACGGAAACCGCGAUUUGACCAUCAAGGCGGCCACACCAGGACGCUAUACAAUCGCCAGUAUCAAAGGAAAGUCCUGCAACGUCGUGGAAAAGCCUUACCCAACUGCUGAAAUCGAAUGGAAACGGAUACACGAAUGUUCUGGAGACACCGGCGUAUCUGCGUCGCUUGUGUUCCACGGGAGCCCACCUUUCACCGUACACUACCAAGUGCAGCGUGAUGCCGAGGCUGCUCGCGAUCAAUUGAAAACAUUCAACACUGCCCGUGGCGAGCUCACGCUGCAACCGGAGCGCAGUGGUCGUUAUAUCUACAAAUUCACCUACCUUAGCGAUAGCAACUACAAGAAGGUUGGUCUAAAUGGACCUAGUAUCGACCAAAUAGUCCACCCAUUAGCCAGCGCUGAGUUUGUAGAUGGAAGCAGAAGCGCUGCAUCGGGGAGGAAGAAGGUCAUCAAUGUCUGCGAGGGCGCUUCAGUCAAUGCGGACGUCGAACUCCGAGGUACUGGUCCUUGGAGCUUGGAGCUUCAGAUUGUGGGACCCAGAAAAUCUGAGACCAUCGUGGUCCAGAACAUCACUGCGCCAAGGAAAACUCUCGAGAUCCCUAUUCCUAAGUCGGUUGAUAAGGAUGGUGGUGCCUUCGAGGUUGAUCUUGUCAGUAUUGAAGACGCCUAUGCAUGCAAACGGGCCCUCUCUGGUGCUGGAAUUCUGGUCAAUGUCCGACGCAUAAAGCCCACUGUCAAAUUCUAUGGCAAAGACACGGAACGCCGUGUCGUCGUUCUGGAGUCAGACAAAGCUAAUCUACCACUGCGGUUAUCCGGACAAGGCCCUUGGAAAGUUAGCUAUCAUCGCAUCGGUGACGAGGAAGUGAUACGUGCAAUGCUGGCAAGUCCCAACGACCAUUUGCAAGUUACACAGAAAGGGACCUACGAACUUCUGGCUGUCUCCGAUUCGCUCUGCCCAGGCUGGGUUAUUGAUGAGAAGACCUACGAAGUCGACUGGGUCCCAAGGCCCUACGCGAAGCUUUCCCCGAAAAUAGAAGCCAUCUAUGAGUCAUUCAAUAACUCGCACAUAUUGCCACCUAUCUGCGAAGGAAAUAAUGUCCAUGUAGACCUUGAACUAACAGGCCGACCCCCGUUCCAGAUUAUGUAUAACAUCGCACAGGGCAAUGAAAAUGGAGGCACAAAACUCCUCGAUCAACCCGUUUUCAACAGCAUCCAAGCCCAGACACGCUUCCAGCUCCAUACCUCUCGGCCAGGACGAAUGUACUACGAGGUCAAACAAAUCGGGGACGCCGCUUACCCCCUCGCCCAACAUAAGAAUGCCAUCAUACCUCGCUCGGAACGCCUACUCUUUGAGCAACAGGUCGCAAUACGUCCUUCCGCUCGAUUCAAAUCACGCAGCCGCCUAUCCUACUGUUUGAACGAACUGUUCGUCCCAACGGACCAAGCAAACGGCGUGGUUGUCUUAGAAGGAUCUCCUCCAUUCACCCUCAAACUUUCAAUACGGAGUAUUGGAACAAGUCACAUCCAUACCGAAAUUGUUGAAGUCAACUCCAGGGUGUGGCAGCUCAACCUUCCGUCGUAUUCGUUCCAGACAGUUGGCGCACACCAUGUUACGAUAGAUUCCGUCUUGGAUGCAUCCAAAUGUGCUCAGGCCGGCCUUGAUCCAUUAUCGACGUCUAUCUGGGUGGAUGUUGCAGAAACCGCAUCGAUCGUUCCCUUCGAAAGAAGAACGGACUACUGCGUGGGCGAGGUCUCGCAAUUCCAGCUGGAAGGCAUCCCACCAUGGAGCAUAGGGUAUCGUAUCAAUGGGAAAUCAUACACUCAAGAAGCGAAAACCUCGCCGUUCUCUCUGCUUCAACAACAGCCAGGAGAGUUCUCGAUAACAUCCAUAGCACACAGAAAGCAGAUGUGCAAGGCAUCCGUUAAGGAUAUGGUAUUCAAUGUCCACCCGUUACCUUCGGCACAAGUUGGGCAUGGAAAGCGCAUCUUCCAAGACAUUCACGAGGGUGAUCAAGCUGAAAUCGUCUUCACCCUCAUCGGGGAACCACCAUUCACUUUCACCUAUCAAAGAGCCGAAGUCAGCUCGAAGAAAGGAGGGAAGGCCGGCAAGGUCCUCGAGACACAUACUGUCUCCCGAGUCAACGCUCGCGAAUAUUCGAUAUUCUCUGCUUUAGAAGGAACUUGGACAGUAACAUCCAUCUCAGACAAGUAUUGUCGUUAUCCUCAAGCACAACCAGAAAUCGGCACCGACAGACGGCGAACCUAG